CAUUAUGCCUGAGACUGAAACCCCAGAAAAGCAGCCCUCUGACCUCCCGCCAGAUCCACGCUGGAAGCUCCUGGUCUUCUACCUUUGCUUCUAUGGCUUCAUGACCCAAAUCAGACCUGGAGAGAGCUUCAUCACUCCCUACCUGUUGGGAACAGAGAAGAAUUUCACCAAGGAAGAGGUAACCAAUGAAAUUACACCUGUGUUGUCCUAUUCAUACAUGGCUGUGCUGGUGCCCAUCUUCCUGCUGACGGACUACCUGAGGUACAAGCCUGUGCUAGUGCUGCAGAGCCUGAGCCACAUCUCCAUCUGGCUGCUGCUGCUCUUUGGGACCAGCAUCCUUGCCAUGCAGUUCAUGGAGGUUUUCUACGGCAUCACCAUGGCUGCACGAGUUGCCUACUCCUCCUACAUCUUCUCCCUGGUCCCCCCUUCGCGUUACCAGCGUAUGGCCAGCUAUUCUCGCUCCUCCGUGCUAAUGGGAGUCUUCACCAGUUCUGUGCUGGGGCAGCUCUGUGUCUCACUUGGGGGCACCACUUUCAUGACCCUGAAUUAUAUCUCUCUCGGGUUCGUGUGCUUUGGCCUGAUCUUGACUCUCAUCCUGGAACGCCCCAAACGCAGCCUCUUCUUCAACAGGAGCGAACCUGUGUGCAAUGGCACCUCGCCCACUGAGCUGGACAAAAUGAAUGCUGGGGAGCCACCAUGGUACAAGGCGCCUAGCUUGCAGAAUCUAGUCUUCAUCCGGAUCCUAAAGGAACUGGCGACCAUCGUACGAUUGCCUCAACUGAGACUUUGGUCCCUCUGGUGGAUAUUUAAUUCUGCUGGCUACUACCUGAUGCUGUAUUAUGUUCAGAUUUUAUGGAAUGAGAUUUACCCCACCAGGGAUAACAGGAAGGUGUACAACGGAGGUGUAGAAGCUGCUUCUACACUUCUCGGCGCUAUUACCUCCUUUGCUGCUGGCUACGUGAAAAUCCGCUGGAGCCUCUGGUCAGAGCUAGUGAUUUGUAUUGUGACAGCGUUUCAAGCAGGCCUGCUUUUGCUGAUGAACACGACAGCCAACAUCUGGGUCUGCUAUGUGGCCUACAUUUUUUUCAGGGGCUCCUACCAAUUUCUUGUGCCUAUAGCCAUUUUCCAGAUUGCAGCUUCCCUGUCCAAAGAACUCUGUGCCUUGGUGUUUGGAAUCAACACCUUCCUUGCCACAGUACUCAAGACUAUCAUCACCAUUAUCAUAACAGAUAAAAGAGGCCUCGCUCUCUCAGUCCAUCCUCAGUUCUACGUUUAUUUUGGCUACUUUGCAGUCCUGACCGUGGUGUAUCUUGCAGCAUCUGUGUGUGUGGCUGUAAGGCACAAUGCAUGCAGGAAACCUCAAGAGGCAGCAACAGCCAAGGAACUCUGCAGCCCAGUUAGUGAAGUCCUGGAAAAAGACAAAAGCACAGACCCGGCUAGCUCCGAAGCCUGA